AUCAAAUAACAAACCAUCAAACUUUCAGAACUUUUACCACACAAAAUGCUGCAAAGCUCUUUCCUCCUACUCCUCUAUCUACUCCCAAUCUCUGCCUCCCAAACUCUCAUCCAACUCCUCCCUGAAAACUCAACCUCCGACGAACUCAUCGCAGGCGACGACCCCGUGGGCCCCUACUGCGACAGCUGGCGGUUGUCGGUGGAAACUAACAAUGCAGGUGCUUGGAAGAAAAUUCCUGCUAGAUGUCAUGAUGCUAUAGGAACCUACAUUAAGGGGCCACAGUAUCUAAUCGAUUCGAAAGUGGCCGCUCACCAUGCUAAUCACUAUGCUAAGUCCAUCAAGGUUGCUGCUGAUAAGAAGGAUGCAUGGAUUUUCGAUGUUGACGAGACUCUGAUAUCUAACGUGCAGCAUUAUACUGUUAACGGAUAUGGAUCAAAGGUUUUGAACGAAACUGCAUUCGAUCAGUGGGUCGACAAGGCAAAGGCCUCAGCUCUUCCAUGGAGCUUGUGGCUCUACAGAAAGCUCCACGGGAUGGGAUUUCAGCUAGUUCUCUUGACAGGCCGCAAAGAAACCCAUCGCAACUCUACCGAGAAAAACCUGUUGGAUGCUGGGUAUCAUUCAUGGAGUCAACUAAUUCUAAGAGAAUCUCUGGAUGCCGAGAAGACUGCAGUAGCUUAUAAAUCAGAGAAGCGGGCGGAGCUGCGAGCUAAAGGAUAUAGAAUUCACGGGAGCUCUGGAGAUCAGUGGAGCGAUUUGUUAGGGACUCCAAUGGCUAAGAGAUCCUUCAAAGUUCCUAAUCCUAUGUAUCACAUACCAUAACAAAAUACGCCUCUUUCUUUGUCUGCUGGUGGGUGGCGGUACAAAAACCAUUACCGACUAUGAUGGAUUUUUCAUCUUUAAUAAGUGGUAGCCUGUUUUGGCCUAUGAUUAAAAGCGAGAAUUUUCUUAUAUUAAUUAGGUUAUUCUGUUGUCUUGGUUCAUGAGAUUUAAAUUAAGAAAUAUGCAUGAUAGUAUUU